GCCCCUAUGGCCUGUGGAAGGUGACACUGCCCGCCGCGACUUUGUCGGGGUGCGGGGGAAACACCCAUGAAUCCCUCGGCGGCCUUCCUUGCCGUGGGGCGCCAGAACACCGGGUCGGAUGCUGAGAUUUCCACUAUUGAGAAACAGCGGAAGGAGCUGCAGCUGCUCAUUGGGGAGCUGAAAGACCGUGAUAAAGAGCUCAACGACAUGGUGGCUGUGCACCAGAGACAGCUUCUCUCCUGGGAGGAGGAUCGACAGAAAGUGUUGACUUUGGAAGAACGAUGCAGCAAACUGGAAGGUGAACUACACAAAAGAACUGAAAUCAUCAGGUCACUCACAAAAAAGGUAAAAACCCUUGAAUCUAAUCAAAUUGAGUGCCAGACGGCCCUGCAGAAGACUCAGCUACAGCUUCAGGAAAUGGUCCAAAAGGCAACCCAUUCUUCUCUGCUCUCCGAAGAUCUGGAGGCGCGAAACGAAAAUCUCAGCAACACGUUAGUGGAACUUUCUGCUCAGGUAGGACAAUUACAAGCUCGAGAACAGGCUCUCACCACAAUGAUAAAGCUGAAGGACAAAGAUAUCAUUGAGGCAGUCAAUCACAUCUCAGACUGCUCAGGCAAAUUUAAGCUGCUGGAGCAUGCCUUGCGUGACGCCAAGAUGGUUGAGACUUGUAUUGUGAAAGAAAAGCAGGAUUACAAGCAGAAACUGAAAGCCCUUAAAAUCGAAGUCAGUAAAUUGAAAGAGGAUCUAAAUGAGAAAACAACAGAAAAUAAUGACCAGCGAGAAGAGAUCAUUCGCCUCAAGCAAGAGAAAAGUUGCCUACACGAUGAAUUGGUUUUUACUGCAGAGAGAGAAAAAAGGAAAGAUGAGUUACUUGAUAUUGCAAAGUCAAAGCAAGAACGCACCAACGCAGAACUGCAUAACCUGAGACAGAUUUAUGUAAAGCAACAGAGCGAUCUGCAGUUUCUAAAUUUCAACAUGGAAAAUUCUCAAGAAUUAAUACAGAUCUAUGACUCAAAGGUGGAAGGAUCAAAGGCCUUGGAAUCCAGUAGCAGAGACAUGUGUUUAUCAGACCUGGAAAAUAUCCACCCAAAAGUCGAUAUUAAGAGGGAGAAAAAUCAGAAGUCACUGGUUAAAGACCAAAAAUUUGAAACCAUGUUGAGUCAGCAAAAUAGGAGCAAUAAUAAGAGUUCUUGUGAUAUAUGCAAAGAGAAGAAACUACAGGUAAAUAAUUCAUUCGGGGAAAAAAGUACACUUGCCAUCUCAUCUCUGCUUACGAAAGACUUAGCGGAGAAGCAAAAGCCAUGGUGGCAGGGGGGGAAACUCGAGGUUCAGCCCAAAAGCAAGAGUGCAUUGUACACGACCCACACAAAGUCAGAGUCGUCUUUACCUGAUGAGAAGCAGUGGCACGACGUCAGCGUUUACCUGGGCCUGGCCAACUACUCAGGUUCGAAACAGCCAGAGAAGCUCGAUGUUGAAUGUCAGGACAACAUGGAGAGCCCCGGAGUCUCCUGUUACCAGAAAAAUGAAGCGAGUCUGGGUGAAAUCGAAACGUGUGACGCCAAGUGCUGCCACCCCAGUAACUUCAUCAUCGAGGCCCCGGGCCACAUGUCAGACGUGGAAUGGAUGAAUCUCUUCAAACCUCCUAAGAUGCAAAGAAUUGUUCGCCACAAAUCUGUGUGCACUUGUUCAGGAAGUGGCAGUGGAACAAAAUACAACUCGACAAGUGAGCUAAUUGCCUUCCAGCAAUCCCACUCUUCAGAUUCUUCAAAACCUCCCUCAAGAGAGGAUGAGAAGUUGAUAGGGACAGAGUCUUCCUCUGAUAAAAAUAACUCAUCUAGGAUUUUGUCAAUCAACAAAGACACUGCAUUGCUCAAUGAGAAGGACGACUUUUCUCCCACAAGCAAGCUUCAGCGCUUGCUGGCAGAAUCUCGUCAGAUGGUCACCGAUCUGGAGCUGAGCACUCUGCUCCCGAUCAGCUCAGAGAAUCUCCUGGGCAGUGCCAGAAACAAUUUAGAAUUCUCAGAAGAAUCAGCUCAAAAGAAUACUAUUCUCAGUAACUGAAGACAACAGCAGUCAAUUUCGGUGUUCUUUGAGAUGCUGGAAGCCAUUCUCAUCUUUGUGGAAAGCAGACAUCAAUAUCUAAACCUUGAAAACAAAAAAAAGAGAGUGAUCUUUCAUUAGCAACAGUUAAUACCAAGGGGAGCAGAAACUGAAAGUUUAUGUUGAAACAUCUAUAUUUUGUUGGUUUUCAGGUUGACCAUUUUCAUGUAUAAGAAAUAUUUUUCAAGCAUAAGAAAUUAGCCCUUCUUGUACAUAUACAAACUUGUAACUAUGCAGAGCAAAGAUGUCUCUUUGAAGAUGCAGACUAAGGUUCAAUACUAGAAAAGUUCUUUAACAGCGUGAAGAUCAAAUAGAGAACCGCUGCAUAUAAAAUGCUACUUGGACUAUAUGGUUUUAAGACCUAUGCAUCCAUUUAAAUUAUAACCAGUAGCUUAUCAGAGCCAGCUCAAAAAUAGGAGCAGUAGCGUUCUCUUGUGGUUUUAGCUCUGGACUUUGCCAUGUAAAAUAGACAUAAAAUGCUAUGAUAUAAAAUGUUUCACUGGAAGUAUCUCCUCAUCCCUGACGAUGGAGCUCCUGUGCCAGAGUCAAGCAGAAGCCCCUCUUGUCUGAGCCCCAUCUGUUUAUACAAAUCUUGCUGGAAGAUGAAGUUUUAUGUGCAUUUUUCUAUCGUAAAAGACUAAAAUACUUUUCAUUUUUGUUUGUAAAGUAACUUAAUGUAAUUUUUUAAAGAAUAUACCAUGUACCUCUCCUUCCCUUCUAAGAAAAUUAAUCAA